AUGGUUGUUCAAUCAUCCAACGUUGGAACUCCAAAAUUGCUGUCCAAGAAUGGCAGCCUGCAGCAAGAAAGGCAGAUUUCAGUUGAUCCAAUUUCAAUUAAAGAAUCAGUUUUUAAGAAAAGCCAUAAUAAUCCUUCUUUUCUCCUUCCCCAUCUCAAACCGGGUAAGUUCUUGAGCGCCAGCCUUCCUGGCUCCGCAACGUCGUCUCCUAGGUUUUCCAGCCCGAUGAAGAAAUGGAAGAACCAAUCUCCUACCCAACAACCAUCCUCAAUUGAUCCCAUAACCGGCCAACAAUCAUUGGCUCUAUCUCGACUCGCCCAACUUCAAGAGAUCCACUUACAGAGGAGCAAAUCGUGUAGUGAGGGUCGCAACACUUCGUCGUCCAUUGACCUCGAAAUGUGCACGCGAAAGCUUAAGACCCAAUACUUGAAGGAGAUAAGUAGCUUCAAUAAGAAGAGUCACGAUGAUGUGCAAUCCAUCGAUCAAGUUAAUAGACGGAAAGGAGGCAUUGAAGGUGAUGGUGAGGGUAAGUACAAUGAGAAAUUCAAAUGCGGGGCGUGUUUGUUUCUUCCUGGUUUUGGAAAGGCGAAGCCAGUUAGGUCACAUAGAAUCGAAGAGGAAUAUAACGAUGAUGACGAUAAUAUUGGGAUAACAACGAUGAGGAAACCAAUGAGCAAUGAAAAAAAACAAGUAAUGGCGGAUAAUAUGAUCUCCAAGAGAGUUUCAUUGGAGAAGUUCGAGUGUGCGUCCUGGACAACAUCAGUUGUUGUGUUGGACGCCUAUGAUGACAUGGUGGAUGGCGAUAGCCUCUUCUUCGACCUUCCCAUGGAGCUCAUACGUAACGAUAGUCGCGACAAUGAGUCGCCAGUGGCAACUGCUUUUGUAUUCGAUGGGGAUCUGAAAGGGGUACUGAAGAAGGCGGUUGUUGAGGGGUCGGGGAUGGAUAAUAGAAAGUCAGUCGAGUCAGGAUCUCGCCACGUUCGUUUCUCAGAUGCGUCGCCAACAACUGACUCAAGGCCGCAAGGGUAG